CAGACAGGAAUACCGGUUGACGCACACGCAACGUAAUUAAUAUUCAUUAGCCACGCAUUCAUCAGAGGAGGAUUGGCAAAUUCGUACCUGGUUUAAUCAAUCAAUAAGAACAAUGUUCCGCUGUCUGGACGCGUUGUGCGAGGUUUUUUGAACAUAUUAUGUAAAAUUUAUUAAAUUAGCGCUUUGCCAAGGAUAAUUUAACCGAACAUGGAAGAGGAAGCCUGCACCAAUUUCAAAUCCAUAAGGGCAAAGUUUCAGGAAGAGACCCAGCUGAGGCACAGACCUGUGGUUCCUGAGAAACCCAAAUUCCUGUUGACCUCUGCAGUAGACCGCUCUGGUCUGAUAACCAUGAGCUUUUCUUCAGCGGUAGACCGCAAGACCGCCAGUCAGCAACGGCGAGUCAUUUUGAGAGAAGACCUAAAAACACCUUCAGGGAAACACCCCCCAAGCACAACAUCUGCAGAUGAGCCCAUCAGCCAGUCACUUAAAAUGCGGCAUUUGCCCCUCGUAAUGCAGCUUUCAAGAGAGCCAAAGCAUGACUUUUCAAAAGGAAUCACCAUGAAACCAAUUCCUACACCUUUCAGCUCGGCCAGAGUUUCAGUGUGUGGCAGAGAAAUUGGCAAAAAUGAUCUAGGUCUUGUAAAAAACAGCGGCGCUUUCAAUGUCCUGAUGGAAGACUCCACUCUAAAGACUGCAAGUACAGAAGCUGUGGAGGUCCAAAAGACUAUGGUGUCAAGUCCUGGAUCAGUGGAUCAUUCAGCUCCACCUUCACCAAAUGAUUCACUGGCCGAUUCAUCUUCUGGAAGUGUUACUCAUUUCUUUGACCAGCAUGUCCUGAGCAUGCUAGAGAAAGCCAAGAGGAAGGUCUGCUACAGGAACCUGUUGGUGUGCAGCAGACCGAGGGGCUUCUACUUUAGUAAAGCACAAGAGCAGCAUGCAGAAAGUCUUGAAAGUUGUCACCAAAAGACCUCUCCAGUGAAGAUCAAUGAAGCAUCAAAGACCGCCAUCAAUGUAAUAGAACUCGGUGGAGUCAUGCAGCCUGAAAAAGCAUGCAAACCUCUUCCUGAUCUGGCAUUGCUAGGUCCUUCGCCCUCAAAGCCAACAAGACCCCCACAUGUGGAUCUGAGCCAAUAUAAGACUGGUUUUCACAUCAGUGACCCAAGCGAAGCACUUACUGUUGAAUCUGCACCUGAGCCUGAGAUCGUGAUGUCUGCCAAUGCAUCACUUGAGGACGCAAGCGUACCUCCCCCUGAAUUUCCAGAUUUUGACAUUUCUGCAUUAGAAACCACAGACAGUAAUGCCAUGAAUCUGGCGGCCCUAGAUUUAGAGGCCACUGAAUUUCCAGAGUUUGACAAGUCAGAAGACGCUUGGUGUCAUUCUUUAGAGGACGCAUUAAUCUCAACGUCUGCUACAGAAACAGUGACCUCUGACCUGAGAACGAAUGAAUCGCACGACACCUUCAACCUGAGAACUGAACACCAACAUCCAUCAGAACCAAUUUCCUCUCAACAAAAGCGUUUCCAUGAAACCUUUGAUAAUGUUUAUGAGGAUGUGGAAACCAUCCCCAGGUUUUCUUUUGCUCAAAGUUCUUAUAAGUGUAAAGGAGCUCGUAAAAAGCCACAUGCCGAUAAUGGCCUUGUGAAAGAAGAAACAUGGAGGAAUAUAUGGCAUGGCACUCAAUGGUCUUAUGCUGCUGAAGAUCAAAAUGGCCAACAUGAUGGAAAGAAGCUGAGCCCUGAACAUCAUGAGGAUAAAGAGCAGAAGAAGAAAGAGAAGCAGCGUCUGGAGAAAGAGAAGAAAGAACAGAAAGAGAAGGAUAAAAAGAGAAAUGAGAUGCACAAUAAAUUUCAAAUCACUGGACUGGAAGAGCCCAUGUAUCACGCCAGAGUGCUGGCGGACAGCAAACUGCGAAAGUACGACCUGCCCGUCAGAAGUGGAGAUCUCAUCAGCAUCAUCCGAACGGUCAGCUGCCCCAAGGGCAAAUGGCUCGCCAAAGACGCCAACAACAAAUAUGGAUACAUAUCCGUGAUGAAUGUGGAGUUGAACAUUAAGGAGAUGCUUGAGCUCGGAAAAAGGGUAUCACUGGCUUCCGGACGAAGCCAAACCAAUGGAGAUGAGCUUAGUGUCAGCAGCAGGUCCUCUCAUCAGAAUCCUGUGUUUACAAGCAGCUUCUCUGAUGACAGUGAAGAAUGGAUGUAUGACACGUUGUCGCUAUCUGCUGAAAUUUUUUCUAGGAGUCCGAUCAAAGCUACCUCAAUGCCUGAGAUGUUUGAUAGCAACUCUUCUGCUCAUCAUCCUUCCAGCGACUGGACUAUUGAAGACAUCCAGACACAAGAGGUAGAAAGCUUCCAGUUUGCAGACGUUGAUCUCCUGCCGCCUCCAGAGCUGUACGCCGACUCUCUAGACGAAGGACAUCCUUAUUUCUUCAGGAAGUAGUGUUUGAAAACACUGGCCUUUAGUCUUCAGAGAUCAUCAAACUUCAUCAGACUUAAUUCUCAAAUCCAACAACGUAAUGCUUAAGCGGUGGUAGAUUGACGAUGAGUAACAGACAAUGCCAGCUUGUAAUUAAACGAGGGUGUGAACUGUU